CAAUAUAAUUGUUUUAAUGCAAGAGCAAUCACGGACAAACAAGGCUGCUAGACAGAAGCAGCCUUACAAUCAUAGUAGCGGGUCCAAGUCGUUUCUACAACGACAGUAUGAGCUCGCUGAAAGAAGAGGGCAGCCGGUCGAUCGUGUGGAAUUGUUCCGGGAAACACACAUUCGAGCUGGGACAUUCGUGUCGCAGGCCGCCGAGGAUGCGCAUAAUCAAAUGCUGGAACACCAAUCCCAGCCUACCCCAGAGGGUAGUCAGCCACUCUCUGAGGAUGAGAUAUGCGAUCAGGUGUUGGGUAGACGACCAGGCUACUCAAAAGGCCUUGGUUGGGGACCCAAGCCGAAGGCCAGCAGAACGGCAAGUGCAAGCAGUUCGUCGACAUCUUGUUCGCAGUCCACACAAAAAGAGAUUUAAUUACAAGCUAAACUUCAUGAAGCUUUGGAACGGAUUGAAGUACAAGAUAGAAAUCACCAAGCAUUAGCUUCACAAGUGGAAGCUAUGAAAAAGAUGAUUGAAGACCUAACUCGUGCACAACAGGGACCACCACAUGAUCCCUAGCUCUGCGGACCGAAGGUGUAGAAUGACGCGCAUACGCACCUCGUUGGGAGAUUUUUCAUUAUGUUUAUGUUUUUUCUAUAUUGAGAACUAUAUUUUGUUGUAG